AUGCAGCGGUUAACUUUGAGGCGUAGGUUGUCGUAUAAUACUAACUCUAACAAGAGAAAAAAAGUUAAAACUCCCGGUGGCAAGGUUGUCUAUAUUUAUGUAAAAAAACGUGGAACGUUCCCCAAAUGUGGCGAUUGCAAGAGUAAACUUUUCGGUAUCAAGCCAUCCAGACCCCGUGAAAGAACCUCAAUGAGUAAAAGAUUGAAGACUGUUAACAGGCCAUAUGGUGGCUCUCGCUGUCAUACUUGUGUCCGCAAUCGGAACAAAAAGUUUUAA